GACAGUUCCCCUUUGGGUAAAGCUAUUUCAUAGUGCUGAAAACAUGAUGAUCCCCCCUUUAGUAUACAGGUGUGGAUUCAUUAGAUGCUUGAUAAUUCAAUUCUUAUUUGGUACUACUAUUGACAAAGGAAAACGAUAAAGGAAAUAUUUUCCUCUUCGCCCAUCUUUUAGCUUUCUCCCUUUGUCUCAUUACCAUGUCCACCAACGAGAAUGCUAAUACACCAGCUGCCCGUCUUCACAGAUUCAAGAACAAGGGAAAAGACAGUACAGAAAUGAGGCAUCGCAGAAUAGAGGUCAAUGUGGAGCGGGAAGCUAAGAAGGAUGACCAGAUGCUGAAGAGGAGAAACGUAAGCUCAUUUCCUGAUGAUGCUACUUCUCCGCUGCAGGAAAACCGCAACAACCAGGGCACUGUAAAUUGGUCUGUUGAUGACAUUGUCAAAGGCGUAAAUAGCAACAAUGUGGAAAAUCAACUCCAAGCUACUCAAGCUGCCAGGAAACUACUUUCUAGAGAAAAACAGCCCCCCAUAGACAACAUAAUCCGGGCUGGUUUGAUUCCAAAAUUUGUGUCCUUCUUGGGCAGAACUGAUUGUAGUCCCAUUCAGUUUGAGUCUGCUUGGGCACUCACUAACAUUGCUUCUGGGACAUCAGAACAGACCAAGGCUGUGGUAGAUGGAGGUGCCAUCCCAGCGUUCAUCUCUCUGUUGGCAUCUCCCCAUGCUCACAUCAGUGAACAAGCCGUCUGGGCUCUAGGAAACAUUGCAGGUGACAGCUCAGUGUUCCGAGACUUGGUUAUUAAGUAUGGUGCAGUUGACCCACUGUUGGCUCUGCUUGCGGUUCCUGAUAUGUCAUCUUUAGCACGUGGCUCCUUACGUAAUCUUACCUGGACACUUUCAAAUCUUUGCCGCAACAAGAAUCCUGCACCCCCGAUAGAUGCUGUUGAGCAGAUUCUUCCUACCUUAGUUCGGCUCCUGCAUCAUGAUGAUCCAGAAGUAUUAGCAGAUACCUGCUGGGCUAUUUCCUACCUUACUGAUGGUCCGAAUGAACGAAUUGACAUGGUCAUGAAAACAGGAGUUGUGCCCCAACUUGUGAAGCUUCUAGGAGCUUCUGAAUUGCCAAUUGUGACUCCUACCUUAAGAGCCAUAGGGAAUAUUGUCACUGGUACAGAUGAACAGACUCAGGUUGUGACUGAUGCAGGAGCGCUCGCUGUCUUUCCCAGCCUGCUCACCAACCCCAAAACUAACAUUCAGAAGGAAGCUACAUGGACAAUGUCAAACAUCACAGCUGGCCGUCAGGAUCAGAUACAGCAAGUUGUGAAUCAUGGAUUAGUCCCAUUCCUUGUCAGUGUUCUCUCUAAGGCAGAUUUUAAGACACAAAAGGAGGCUGUAUGGGCCGUGACCAACUAUACUAGUGGUAGAACAGUUGAGCAGAUUGUGUACCUCGUUCACUGUGGCAUAAUAGAACCGUUGAUGAACCUCUUAACUGCAAAAGAUACCAAGAUUACUGUUAUCCUGGAUGCCAUUUCAAAUAUCUUUCAGGUUGCUGAGAAACUAGGUGAAACUGAGAAACUUAGUAUAAUGAUUGAAGAAUGUGGCGGCUUAGACAAAAUUGAAGCUCUACAAAACCAUGAAAAUGAGUCUGUGUAUAAGGCUUCGUUAAGCUUAAUUGAGAAGUAUUUCUCUGUAGAGGAAGAGGAAGAUCAAAACGUUGUGCCGGAAACUACCUCUGAAGGCUACACCUUCCAAGUUCAGGAUGGGGCUCCUGGGACCUUUACCUUUUAGAUCACGUAGCUGAGGCAUACAUUUGUUGUGUACCAUGUUUGGUAUUUUGUCUUAUUGUUUCUCUACUAAGAACUCUUUUUAAAUGUGGUUUGUUAUUGUAGCACUUUUUACACUGAAACUAUACUUGAACAGUUCCAACUGUACAUACUGUAUGAAGCUUGUCCUCUGACUAGGUUUCUUAUUUCUAUGUGGAAUUUCAUAUCUUGCAGCAUCCUGUAAAUAAACAUUAAAGUCCACCCUUUUCUUUACUUCA